CCGCAUUAGAUACAAAGCUGUCCCUGGGUCGAGGACCGCGAGGAUUGGGGGAAAUGAAGAUGUUGGACGCCGAGGACGCCGAGCUCGCCGUGGACAGCCGGCGGGCAAGCGCAGCCGGCAGAGGCGGUACAGGCGGUGCGCCCCGCGAGUUGAUCGACGUUCGCGCAUUCGUGAAGCUCGUCUUCGGCGUCGCGUACGGCGUAUUCGACGACGACCCCGAGGACGACACGCUGCUCUGCGACGGCUGCGGCUGCAGGUGCGAGCUCGCCCCCGUGCCAAAGGUUGACGUCGACGGUUGCCUCGCGGCCCGCUCUUUCUCCACCUCGGACAGGCGCAGGCCAAGCUCGUUGUCUGCUGGCGGCUCGGGUACGUCAUCUGAGGGUAACGGGUCUAGUCGACGUGGCUCCGAGCUGGCGCUAGUCGUCUCUCGCGAAUGGAGGGCGCCGAACUCGUCGACGACGGAGCUCGCCCUGGAGUCGACGGAGCCGCGGGAGCGAUACGCCGCAUAUUGGCCUCCGGAGGCACGACUAUCGACGGAGCCCCUUGGGCGGAACCAGGUCUGAUCGAUGGACCCGCGGUACGAUGAAGGGCGUGUGCCCCGGGAUGAAAUGCUGCG